AUGCUGAAGUGCAGCAUGAGUCAGCUAACUCCUGUCUCCAAUCUUGAACAGGGCGGGUGUCACAGACUGCGAGAAGGAGAGGGUUGGUCCGGUCGGGUGUCAUUCUUAAUGGAAAAACUCCUCCUGUUACAGUACUCCACUAUCCACGAUCUGGGUCAGCGUCAGUGUAAGUGAUGUCAUCGAGAACUUGGUUGAGCCCUGUCCUCAGGGCGAGAUAGGGUGAGAGGGCUGCCGGACGCCCAGCUGGCCUGUGGAGACAACCCGCCCCGGGAGAGACAGAGCCAGGGAGGGAUGCAGGAGGACGAGGUGGGAGACAACGGGUCCCUGGCCCACAACACACAAGAUACAGGAAGUGACAGAACCAGUGAAGGGUAGGCCAACCCCAGGAGGGCCCAGAGACAGGUCUCCGAGCUAACCAGAGGACGUCUGCAGCACGGAGGAGCGGGGAGGAUGGAGGGCCAGGUGUGUGUGGGAAUGGUGGGAUUCAGGUUGUUCAAAUUUUUAAUUUUAGUCAUUUAGCAGACACUCUUAUCCAGAGCGACUUACAGUUAGUGAGUGCAUACAUUUUUCAUACUGGCCCCCGUGGAAAUUAAAGUUUUCCAAUAAUAAGUAACAGGAGAGGCCAUUAAACUACCAGUUAGUCAUAAGUGCAAAACAGUUCUUAUAUGCUUCAGUGAACAAAGAUAAAGAAAAAGCUAGAAUACCCAAAUGAAAAGGAAUGCUCAAAGUCAGCACUCAGGGAACUACAAAGGUGAUAAAACCAAAGUUAUUUCUAUGGUUUAGUAAACAAGAUUUUCCGAACUAGAGUUUCCACCAUUUUAGUUAUAGUACAUAUUGACACUUUUGAAUAGAAUUUGGCACUCAGCAGUCCAAAUGUGUGUAAGCGUACGAGUGUACACGUGUGUGUUUACGUGUGUGUGGUGUGGUGUGUGUAUAUGUGUGUUUUAAUCCAUAUCUCUGGGUGCGGCAGGUGUGUGUCUGGAGGAACAGUGCCUCAGUGGGAGCAGGAGGAGGCCAUCCCCGGGGGUGGUGUUACUACCGUAUCCAGAGAGGGAGAGGGACAGGCGGACAGAGGAGCCCAGGGGCCUGGGGCCCUUCUUCUUCUUUGGAGGAGGGAAUGGAGCCUCCAUGUAAGUCACUCCCCUAUACAAUGAAGUGAAAUGAUAAGACAAUUCAACUUAGGUCUUAAUUCAAUCUUUUGAGUGUUGACAUUUUUUGUAUUGACUACUUUUAUUCAAUGUAGAGUAACCUCCUAUUGUGAAGCAGAGGAUGGCACGGAUCUACGACAAGACUAGAGAGGACUUUAACUCAAGUGGUGCGAGAUCAAAUCCCCAGUCACCUACUACAACUUCAAAGAAGGUAGCUGUUCUAUAGAACUCAUAUGUUUCACUCCACAGAGGAUCAAUACAGUUACAUAAAAUGGGUUUAAAUUUAGUCUUGAAUAUUUCAUAAUAAGCGGCAAAUAUAUAUCUGGGUUCAGUGAUUGAAAUGUGUCUCUUUGUAGAAGACAACAGAUGUAAAAUGACUAUAUGAAGGAGAAUGGUUUUGCUUAUGUCAUCAUGUCGUAGGUGAACAGCUCCUUUACCAGAUCCCCAACAACAAGUGCUGAAACCACUAAGACGGCCUCCUUAGCAGCCUAAGGGAGUAUGACCGCGUCAGCAGCAAGGUCAACCACGGUCGAGGACUGAGGUGAGGCAUCCGAGACAAAGAAGGUGCAUAGGGCUCUCACAGUAUAGUCCUGUAAAAUACUGUAUCUCUAUAGAGUAGUUCAUAAUGUCUACUUCUAAUGGUUACUUCAUCUAAUGGCUACUUCUAUAAUAAGUUAUGUUGGUUAACUUUUUAUUUUUCUCUUUUUAUUUUACUUCACUAGGGUUUGUCUUUCCUGGAUCUGUUUUUAAUCCAGUAUUAAAAUAAGAUAACACUUUAAAGAAGUGGACAAUCCCUUUAAGUAGACAGUGACCUUUCAUCUAUGGCUACUUCUGUGCCUUGUAGGAGGUUGAAAUUGACGAGUUUUUCCCGAACACCUUCCGCAUGGGACAUGAGAGAUGAGAGAGAGGCUUUCUUUGCCCAGCAGGAAGGUAAAAUUGGCCUAAGUCAAAUACACGCCUCCAGUAACACGAUGACAUGUCAAUACUAGCACAAUAUAAUACAGGUUCAACUAGAUUCUGUAGGGGCUACAGUUUGAAAAGGAACUUGUGCUUCAUGGAAGAGACAAUGAAGGCAAAGACAAUGAAAACAAAUAAUGCGUAACUGACAGAUUUGCGUGACACAAUAGUUGUCCUGGCGAUUUGAAUGUAUUAUUGAUUAUUGACUUAUUGGAACAUUAAGGUACAGCAUUUCAGUUCCCAGCAGGCUAUUUUGAUAAAAUCACAAGAGAACCUGUUGUUUGCCAUAGAGAAAUGUCGGCAGAGGGCAGGUCUGAGACACAGAGAGGACAUGCAGUGAAAAGCCAUGACACCCACAGUCCUUUGAACAGUCGCUACUGCCCUCAAAUGCAGCAGCCUUUCCACCAUACGCCUCUCCUAAUUUCAAACCUGUUUAUUUCAAAAUCAAAAGGCAAUCGCACAUCUGAGCUAUCUUUGUUGCAGGUGCAUGGUAACAGUUGAAUAACAUGAGAAAAAUAAGAAAACCCGCACACUGCUCUUGCUAGUAUCACUGCUCUUUAUUAAGCUUUACAUAUCGGCCUCAAGGCCUUCGAAACUGUUUAUUUCACCUUCUGCAGUUAGAAGGGUUUGUAAAGAGACAGAAGGGUUGAAGAAGAAACCAUGACACAGUCAGUUCUCCCACUUACACCAAUAGCACAAGUAGACUUAUGACUCAGCUGUCAUAAAAGAAGGAUGCGUAUAACUUGCAAUGUGCAUCAUCAUGCAGUUAAUAGUAACUUUUAAUUCUAAAAGUUAAAGGUAAAAUCCACUCAAAACUAUAUUUUGGUAUUUAUUUCAUUAGCCCAUUGUUAAUACAAUCCCAAAAUGUUUUGCAUGUCAGCAGUCAGUUUUCAGGAUAUUGGACUUUCAAGAAGCAAAGUGUCACUUGCCACAUCUCAUGAUGAUGCAAAUGCAUCAUAUGAAUGCAAACGCAAAACAAGGAAUCCUCCUCUCCUCCCCCUAACUCCUCCCUCUCUGUGGAUGACUUCGUCAACCAUUUUGAAAAGAACGUUGACGACAUCCGAUCCUCAUUUAUUAAGUCAAUGACACCACUGGUCCUGCUCACCUGCCCUACCCUAUGCUUUGACUUCUUUCUCCCCUCUCUCUCCAGAUGAAAUCUUGCGACUUGUGACGGCCGGCCAACAACCUGCCCGCUUGACCCCUAUCCCUCUCCUCUCUUCCCAGACCAUUUCGGAGACCUUCUCCCUUACCUCACCUCGCUCAUCAACUCAUCCUUUACCGCUUGGCUAUGUCCCUUCCGUCUUCAAGAGAGCGAGAGUGCACCCCUCCUCAAAAAACCUACACUCGAUCCCUCCGAUGUUAACAACUACAGACCAGUAUCCCCUUCUUUCUUUUCUCUCCAAAACUCUUGAGCAUGCCGUCUCUAGCCAACUCUCCUGCUAUCUCUCUCAGAAUACCUUCUUGAUCCAAACCAGUCAGGUUUCAAGACUGGUCAUUCACUGAGACUGCUCUUCUCUGUGUCACGGAGGCUCUCCGCACUGCUAAAGCUAACUCUCUCUCCUCUGCUCUUAUCCUUCUAGCCUAUCUGCUACCUUUGAUACUGUGAACCAUCAGAUCCUCCUCUCCACCCUCUCCGAGUUGGGCAUCUCCGGCAUGCUCACUCUUGGUGUCACGAUUUCCGCCGAGGCUGCCCCCCCCCUGGUUGGGCAGGCUUCGGCGUUUGUCAUCACCGGAGUACUAGCUACUGCCGAUCCCAUUCUCAUCACUCCCCAAAAUUAUAUGUGAUAAGUGUUCCCUUGUUCCCCUUGUCAUUGUGAGUGAUUGUUUUUGUGAGAGCGUGUAGCUCGGUGGAGCUACUAUCACUGUGUUUAUGCCAAGGUGGAUGUUUUCCCUGUAAUAGUUUCGUUUGACGCUUGGGGCGUUUUGAUUAUGUAAACGGAAUAAACUCUGAACUUCUGUAUUUUACCUCCUGUCCUGACUCUCUCUUCACACCUCGUCACACUUGGAUUGCGACCUACCUUACAGGUCGCUCCUACCAGUGGCGUUGCGAGAAUCUGUCUCUGCACCACGUGCUCUCACCACUGGUAUCCCCAGGGCUCAGUUCUAGGCCCUCUCCUAUUCUCUCUAUACAACCCAAGUCACUUGGCUCUGUCAUAUCCUCACAUGGUCUCUCCUAUGAUUGCUACGCUGACGACACACAAUAAAUUUUUCUCCUUUCCCCCUUCUGAACCAGGUGGCGAAUCACAUCUCUGCAGUCUAGCAGACAUAUCAGUGUGGAUGUCGGAUCACCACCUCAAGCUGAACCUCGGCAAGACGGAGCUGCUCUUCCUCCCGGGGAAGGACUUGCCCGCUCCAUGAUCUCGCCAUCAUGGUUGACAACUCCAUUGUGUCCUCCUCCCAGAGUGCAAAGAACCUUGGCGUGACCCUGGACAACACCCUGUCGUUCUCCGCUAACAAUCAAAGCGGUGACCCGAUCCUGCAGGUUCAUGCUCUACAACGUUCGCAGAGUACGACCCUACCUUACACAGAAAGCAGCACAGGUCCUAAUCCAGGCACUUGUCACCUCCCGUCUGGAUACUCCUACUCGCUGUUUGUUGGCUGGGCUCCCUGCCUGUGCCAUAAACCCCUACACUUACCCAGAACGCUGCAGCCCAUCUGGUGUUCAACCUUCCCAAGUUCCUCCUCCACACACUCCACUGGCUUCCAGUUGAAGCACACAUCUACUACAAAACCAUGGUGCUUGCUGCGGAGCUGUGAGGGGAACGGCACCGCCUUACCUUCAGGCUCUGUUCAGACCCUACAGCCACAACGAGGGCACUACGUUCAUCCACCUCUUGGCCUGCUAGCCCCCCUACCUCUACGGAAGCACAGUUCCCGCUCGAGCCCAGUCAAACAAGCUCCCUCACGACGCCAAGGACAGCGGAGUCACUGGACCACCUUCCGGAGACACUUGAAACCAUAUCUCUUUAAGGAAUACCUGGAAUAGUAUAAAAGUAAUCCUUCUACCCCCCCUCCCCAUCCCCCCCCAAUAAAAAAAAAGAUUGGGUGGUUGUCCCACAAGCUAUCAUAAGUUGAAUGCACCAAUUUGUAAGUCGCUCUGGAUAAGAGUAAUGUAAUGUGUGGCAAGUGCCACUUUGCUUCUUGAAAAUCCUAUAAUUUUUCCUUUAAGUUAAGAGGAUGACAAUGAUACAUCUGCAUGUGCAUAUUAUUAUCAACUGAAACAGCAUCUCUCAAACCUACGGCAUAAUGACAACAAUCAGGUGAAAUAUAAUAACAUGCAUAAUGACAACAAUAAGGUUUACGUCUGCUUUGUGACAUAAAUAACAAAUAUUGUGACAUAUAGGUAAUGUAGUCAGCAAAGGUGACAUAUAACUAAUUGUCUGCAUAGUUCACAUUUAACUACAAUGGUUAAAUGUGACUUUUGAGAUACUCUAAUAAGAAAUUUAAAAAAGCAUUCCCACAAUCUGAGUUAUAUUGUUGCAGGUGCAUGGGAAUAAUGCGAAUAGAGAAAGCGCACACUGCUCUUGCUCGUAUCAGUUUUUUUAUUCAAGCUUACACAAAAUAUUCUAAUAAGACCAUGUUGCGUUGCUAGGUAUGUGUGAUGAGGAGACAAGCGUGUGGAUCUGUAAGCCCACGGGCCUCAACCAGGGGCGAGGCAUCUUCCUCCUGAGAGCCAGGAAGACAUCUCGGCCUUCAGACUCAAGCUGCAGAACAUCGCAGAGAGCCAGUGCAACAGGACGUUGCCUUUUCGCUUGCCCCAGGCACGCAUCGUGCAGCAGUGGGUGAACACUAGGGCUGUGAACGCUACUUUAUGAGGACAUUCAGUACUGUGUCUAAAAAGCCAAAAGGAAUUGCAAAUGAUAUGAUCAUCAUAUACAGUGCCUUCGGAAAGUAUUCAGACACCUUUACUUUUUCCACAUUUUGUUUACGUUACAGCCUUAUUCUAAAAUGGAUUAAAUAGUUUUUUCCCCUCAUCAUCUCACACAAUACCCCAUAAUGACAAAGAAAAAAACAGGUUUUUAGAAUUUUUUGUAAUGUAUUACAAAUAAAAAAACUGAAAUACUACAUUUACGGGGGACCAGUAUGAAAAAUGUAUGCACUCACUAACUGCAAGUUGCUCUGGAUAAGAGCGUCUGCUAAAUUACUCAAAUGUAAAUUUACAUAAGUAUUCAGACCCUUUACUCGUACUUUGUUGAAGCAGCUUUGGCAGCGAUUACAGCAUCGAGUCUUCUUGGGUAUGACGCUACAAGCUUGGCACACCUGUAUUUGGGGAGUUUCUCCCAUUCUUCUCUGCAGAUCCUCUCAGCUCUGUCAGGUUGGAUGGGGAGCAUUGCUGCACAGCUAUUUUCAGGUCUCUCCAGAGAUGUUUGAUCGGGUUCAAGUCCGGGCUCUGGCUGGGACACUCAAGGACAUUCAGAGACUUGUCCCGAAGCCUCUCCUGCAUUGUCUUGGCUGUGUGCUUAGGUUCGUUGUCCUGUUGGAAGGUGAAUCUCCGCCCCAGUCUGAGGUGCUGAGCACUCUGGAGCAGGUUUUCAUCAAGGAUCUCUCUGUACUUUGCUCCGUUCAUCUUUGCCUCGAUCCUGACUAGUCUAUCAGUCCCUGCCGCUGAAAAACAUCCCCACAGCAUGAUGCUGCCACCACCAUGCUUCAACCGUAGGGAUUGUGCCAGGUUUCCUCCAGACGUGACGCUUGGCAUCCAGGCCAAGAGUUCAAUCUUGGUUUCAUCAGACCAGAGAAUCUUGUUUCUUAUGGUCUGAUAGUCUUUAGGUGCCUUUUGGCAAACUCCAAGCGGGAUGUCAUGUGCCUUUUACUGAGGAGUGGCUGCCGUCUGGCCACUCUACCAUAAAGGCCUGAUUGGUGGAGUGCUGCAGAGAUGUUUGUCCUUCUGGAAGUUUUCUCCCCAUUUCCACAGAGGAACUCUAGAGCUCUGUCAGCGUGACCAGUGGGUUCUUGGUCACCUCCCUGACCAAGGCCCUUCUCCCCCGAUUGCUCAGUUUGGCCGGGAGGCCAGCUCUCUUCUUCCAUUUAAGAAUGAUGAAGGCCACUGUGUUUCUUGGGGACUGCAGAAAUGUUUUGGUACCCUUCCCCAGAUCUGUGCUUUGACACAUCCUGUCUCGGAGCUCUAAGAACGAUUCCUCGACCUCAUGGCUUGGUUUUUUCUCUGACAUGCACUGUCAACUGUGGGACCUUAUAUAGACAGGCGUGUGCCUUUCCAAAUCAUGUCCAAUCAAUUGAAUUUACCACAGGUGGUAAAUCAAGUUGUAGAAACAUCUCAAGGAUGAUCAAAGGAAACAGGAUGCACCUGAGCUCAAUUUCGAGUCUCAUAGCAAAGGGUCUGAAUACUUAUGUAAAUAAGGUAUUUCUGUUAAAUGUAUUUAAUACAUUUGCAAAAAUUUCUAAAAAACUGUUUUCGCUUUGUCAUUAUUGGGGUAUUGUGUAUAUAUUGCUGAGGAUUUUUUAUUUAUUUAAUCCAUUUUAGAAUAAGGCUGUAACGUAACAAAAUGUGGAAAAAGUCAAGUGAAUACUUUCCGAAGGCACUGUACUGUAUUCUAUCAUUCUUAUUUAUUGAUGUGGUUAUACUGUAGUCAUUCUCCAUGAAUUGCAAGCUGCCAGUGUCUACCACAUUCGAAUUGGAUAUAUUAUUCAAUUUCUCACCAACGGAAUGCAAGAUCUGUUUUUAAAAGAGUGAUGUACUAUAGACGGGUUGGUUGUUUAACAAAACCGACACGUGCGCAACUAUGGGGCAAACCAGACGGGGUUGGCUUAGAUUGUUGACAACAUGUCAACAUAUUUAGUCUUCAAUGUUUAUUAAAACAUAAAUAAAGCUGCACAUUGAUCACUUGGUGUCUCUCAAAUACAUUGUUACAGUUGUUGGUUAGCUAGCUCGUGAAUUUUAGCCAUAUUAGCAUAGACGAAACAUCAGUCAAAACACCUCAAACAAGACAUGGUAUUAAGAACAAGAUAAACUAACUGAAACGAGCCACUUACGAUUCCCCACAUGGCAGUUUCUUGUCAUUGUUGCUAGCUAUCUUGCUAUCCAGAAUCACAACAACACACGGCCUUCUCCACCAUUGAAGCGUGCGCAUCGUUUUUCGUGACGUUCUUAGCUAACCCGUCUAUUGAUACAAGGCUCUGGGCCUGUAUUCAGAAAGAGUCUCAGAGUAUGAGUGCUGAUCUAGGAUCCGUUUUGCCUUAUAGAUCAUAUGAAUAUGAUUAUUUGGACUGCGGGGACGAUCCUAGAUCAGCCAAGUGGAUUAUAAUGUAUAUCUAAUGUUCCUCGGGUAUGUCCAGAACCCUCUGCUCCUAAAGGGGAGAAAGUUUGAUGUGCGCUCCUAUUUCCUCAUUGCCUGCACUUCACCCUAUAUGGCAUUUUUUCGCCAUGGUUACGUGCGCUUGACCUGUGACCUUUAUGACCCCAACUCCCCCAACCUCUCUUCCCAUUUGACCAAUCAGGUUAGUAGAAAAAUGAUGCUUCUCUUUCUUGGCUUACAAAAUUUUUUUGCCUCCCCUGAGCAGGAUAGUGUUUUUCGUCAUGAAUCUUGUUCUGGAGGCAGCUCUGCAGAGUGGUCACUAGCUGGCACAGCCACAAAUUCAUAAAAAAUCUGAUUUAAAAACCUAACCCUAACCUUAACCCUAACCACACUGCAAACCCUAAUGUCUAACCCUAACCCUUAAAUUAGACCAAAAAUUUAAAAAUUGUUUUCAUGAAUUUUUACAAUAUAGGCAAUUUUGACUUUGCAGCUGGCCUAUGUAAGGGAAAUCGCUCAGUUCUGCCUCCAGGACAAGGCUCAUGACAAUAAAUGUCAACCUGCUCCCCUGACCUGCAAGUUUAGUCAUAUAAGCAGAGAAAUCACUAUUUCAGAAUCAGGUUGUCAGCAGAUGCAUCUCCAUAGGAUACUGCAUGAAAAUAGACCAGAAACCAGGUCAUAAAAUAAUGGUACCAAUCCAGUCUCAAACUGUUGGCCCAGUAACAACUCCUCUCUCUGGCCCAUUCAUGUGUAUCCUGGUCCCCCUUUUGUUUCCCCACAGUACUGCAGAAGAAGAAUCCUCUCUACAGCGUGCUGAAGGAGGAGACCGUCUGGUCCAUGGAUCGAUUCAACACUUACGUCAAUGACAAGCUCAGUGUUUUCCAAGGGCCUGCCUAGGACUGGGUGCUUGGCGCUUUUGCCGUGAGUUUGAUCGUUUGUUAGGUUUACAUCAUGGUUAAGUUAACCCUUCAGGGAUCAAUUAUGAAAGCAUCAUUGUUGUUAUUUAUAGUUAAGUGAUGUACAUAUUUGUGUGAUUUUACUCCUGGGAGAGAUACGAACUACAUCCUCUCCACCAACACUUUGUGUCUGUCUGUCUGCCUGUUUUGUCUGUAUGUCUGUCCGUCUGUUUGUCUGUCUGGGCUUUCUGUCUGUCUCUCCCUUGCCCUAUGUAUGUUUUCCAUUCAUAGAAGCGAAUGCAGCAGAUCAUGAUCCAGUGUUUUUUUUCGCUGUGAAAGCCAAGCUAGAUCGUAAACUGGGGUACUUUGACCUGAUUGGCUGUGACUUCAUGAUUGACGAUGAUUUUAAGGUCGGCAAAACACCUCAUUUGGUUUUUAAUGUACAGUGUGUGAGUUUAAAUGUAUUUGUGAGCGGUUGGUCGGAUUAACAGUUAAUGUGCUUGCUGUGCCUUGGUCUGUUCUCAUCUAGGUGUGGCUGUUGGAGAUGAACUGUAACCCAGCCCUCCACACCAACUGUGAGGUCCUGAAGGAAUUUGAUUCCCAGUACUGUUGUGGAGACUUUGGGUGAGCACACACUACCGUUCACAUGACUGGCUUAACCAGUUCUGUUGGACUAUGAUAUUACCCUCAAGAACUUGACAAGAAUAUCCUCAAAUGCAGCUGAUCUCAGAAAUAAACUCAGUAUGGAAAUACUUUUUUGUCUUUGUAAUUCAAGAUAGCGAGAUGAUUUGUUGAUGUGUCACCAGUUCCCCUUUAAUUUGUUAGUUUGCCUGUGUGUGGCUGUUCUCUUUGUUUUUCUGUUGGAGGGUUGAAAAUAGCCUGGUGUGUGACAGCUACUACCCAGCUGUAGGUUAGUCAGGCCUUACAGCCUAUGCCUUAUCUCCUGCAGAUCUGACUCUGGAGAUCUUCACAAGUGUCGCUGUGGGCUGAAGCUGCUGCCACUGGCCAGUCAGAGGGACUUUGUGCUACUAUAUGAUGGCGAGACCGCACCUGUCCCUGUUCUCAGCCGUAGGAGCAAAACAGCAGUACGCCUCCGAGCCCAGCGCCCAAAGAGUGCUCCACCCAAAUGCCCUUCAACCACCAGCAGGACUCAGAAGGCCGAGUCUGUAGCAUCAGUGUCUCGGGAGAAGUCAGUGAGUGAAAACACAUUUUCUCCUGUAUCCAUGAUGGCUGUCUUGGAACCCCUGAUGGCAUUGAUGCCCCCCAAACCUCCGGCGCCGACCAUCCUUCCCUGUCACUAACACAAUGAUCCAUCCCUGCAGCCGGGUCCCAACCGACCCACAGGCCCAGCAGGGUCCCUCAACCCCAUCCCACCCAUAACCCAGUCCUCGCCCCCAAGCCAGCCCAAGCCGCGUGGAGCUCCGGCUCAGCAAGUGCACUUGGCAGGGGCGAUCGGGGAACUCAGAACAUCGCAAGCCCCCAGAUCUCCUGUGGGUUUAAGAGCACCUUCAUGUCCUUGUCCACCCCGGCUAUGACUGAAGGCUCGCGCCUCUCUGUGAGAUGCCUGCGGGCCUCCAAAGCCUGCCACCCUGACCAGGAACAACCCUUCUGCUACUCUCUGAGGCCCACCCAGUUCCGCCUGGCCCAACCUGGCACCAGCGGCCCCGUGUGGACAGACAAACAGGACAAGGAAGGGGGACAAGAGGGAGAAGGGGGCCAGGACCCGGUGUAGACACACAGAGUGCAGCCAAGGAAGAGAAAGAGGACAAAGAGCACAGGGAGCAGCUGUGA